UGUCAUCCUUUGUAUUGUACUAAAGUUAUUGUAGGUUAUGUUUUUAUUAUUCACUCCAUCAAUUCCAUUUCAACUCAGUGUCUGAUGAAAAGUUGUGCAAUUAUAACUUACACCCGAACAACUCUCCAAAAAGUCAAUGUGAAUGUGGUCGCUGCCUUUUAAAGCUUUGCAGAAGUGUAAGAUGUCUCACAAAACAUUAAUAGACUUCGUGGUGAAAUACCACACACCACGUUUGUUGAAUAACGUUGUAUUCUUCCCGAGCAAUGGGAACUCAUAUUUCGGCCGAAGAUUAAUGGUGCCUUUGUCUUCAUCAACACCUAAGGUACAAUCGCCGAGGAAUUUCAGUACAAGUUCACCAAAAAUCAAUGAAGUGCAACUAAACCAGAAGCCUAAGAAAACGGAGGGAAGUUUUCAACUAAUGUUCACUUGUAAGAAAUGCAACACAAGAAACUCGAAGUUUAUCUCAAAGCUAGCUUAUUACAAAGGAGUUGUUAUUGUGAUCUGUGAAGGCUGCGAAAACAAACAUUUGAUUGCUGACAAUCUGAAUUGGUUCACCGAUAUGAAUGGCAAGAAAAACAUUGAAGACAUCAUGGCUGAAAAGGGUGAGACGGUACAGAAGAUAAUGUCAUCAGACCUGGAAUUUAUUGCUAUGGAAAUGGCUAAAACUUUGGGGAAGGAUGAAGAAAAAUUACUGUUAAAAGAUGAAAAGUGAUGGAAAUAUACUUGUUUAAGUUUG